AUGUGGUCCGUGAAUGACGAGGCAAACUGGUGUGUUAUCCUCCGCAAAUAUACGAUCAAGGUCACGCUUGCCUCUUCCCCCUGGACCCCCUGGACGUUGGCUACCCAAAAGAAAACCAAUCUCAACGCUUUGCUGAAUGAAUUAAUACAAUCAUCUCGCUCCGGGUUGGACCCAGGGUCAUGAUCAUCAUUGGCAGGAAUCAGAGGGUGCUAGCGGACCGUCCUCGCGCAGUUGCAGCAGGAGAAUUCUGUCUGCCGGUCUACGUAUGAUUCUUGCACCUGCAGGAGAGCAGUUUCGGAGACUUCCCAAGGCCACGCACACUCACCUUCAAGCAAAGGCCGCAGAAUCCUAUACGCCCAUUCAAAUGGACGCCGCCCGUGAUGACAUCUUUGACAUCUUUGAAAACACCAAAAACACCAAGCAGCUGCAAAUCAGUAUGGGUCACUUUAUCGCUGAUUUUACGCUAUGCCGCUUCAAUAUCAUCUUACGUGUCAUGUAUGGCAAGUUCAUGCCCACCGCCAUAGAUGCUCGAGCGCUUCUAGAAUCUCAUGCGACCUGGCGACCGGCGAAGCUGGACCCUCAUUUUCUUGGUACCUUCCCGAGAAUCAGUCUUCGCACAAGCUUUCGGAUGAAGAAAUGGCCUAGUUCCCUCUUUGGUGCCGGUUCAGACGCGACUGCUGUCGCGAUUAUGGUUGUCGUCAUGGCUGCUGCAUGCUAUCCCAAGGCGCAGGAGAAAGUGCAAGAGGAACUCGACACCGUCAUUGGUCGUGGCAGGUCUCCCACGUUGGACGACUACGGUUCCCUUCCCCAGAUUGAAGCGUUCACGCUUGAGUAUCUUCGCUGGAGGCCCGUGACAACUCUUGGAUUUGCCCACCGUGCCCUGACUGACAUACCAUACAAAGACAUUUGCAUACCAGAAGGCGCUAUCGUCUUUGGCAACCACUGGGCUAUCUCGCGCGACCCGAACGUCUAUCCCAACCCUGACAAGUUUGAUCCCGAGAGAUGGCUCGGCAGCGAUGGCAAAAUCCGUGAAGACCUCAAGUUCCCUUCAUACGGUUUUGGACGCAGAAUCUGCCCCGGGCGACGCAUCGCGAAUCGCUCGAUCUUCAUCAAACUCGCGCUCGUUUUGUGGUCGUUCAAGAUCACGCAGGACCCGGAGAAUCCUAUUGAUUAAUCGGGCUUUGUGGAUGGCGUGAUUGCGCAUCCAAAACGCUUGGCUGCGCGCUUCGAGCCACGGUUUGGAGACGAGGCGUCGUUGGGGGCUGUUAUGGCCAAG